AUCACAUCCUCUUGUCUUUAUCAGUUUGAAUCAGUUCAGAGUUUCGUGUCAUGAUCUGGAAUCAGCUCUGCAGCGGAUUAGUAUGGGACAGCCUACCAACCUUUACUUCACCUUCCUCUUCCUCCUCCUGUCUCCCUGCUGGGGUCAUCAGAGGUCAAACCCAGAUGGCGAAAGGUCAUCCUGCGACCACUGUGACCUUCGGCUCUCCUGUAACUGCUCCUAUGGCGGAUUCACCCACAUCCCCGUGGUAACAGACCGUGCCCUGAGUCUUGACCUCUCCUUCAACAACAUCACUGUGGUGACCGCUGAUGACCUGAAAGGCCACAGAGGACUGAGGGCUUUGAGUCUCCAUGGCAACAGACUCGCUGUGAUCCAUCCAUCAGCAUUUGACCCUCUGUGGAGCCUGGAGGAGCUAGAUCUGUCUGACAAUCAGCUGACUGCUCUCAGCCAUAAAUGGUUUCGCAAGCUAGGAGCUCUGCAGGAGCUCAACCUGCUCAACAACCCAUACAGCUGCCUGGGCUCUCCUCCACUGUUGCAGAGUCUGGUCUGGUUGAGGAGGCUGAAGUUUGGAGGUCCCGCUCUGGAGGAGCUGAAGAGAGGAGAUCUUUUUGGAGUCACUCAGUUGGAGGAGCUAACUGUGCAUGCCAACAACCUAAUGAGAUAUGAGUCCGGUGCUCUGGCAGACAUUUGGCCGUUGGGUCGUGUCACUUUGAGCCUCCACGGCCCAUUUUUAACAAAUGCAGCCAUGGCCUCAGCUGUGCUCAACGACGUGACGUACCCUGAGACACAUAUCGUUCUAGAGGACCUCCAACUGUUUGGGAAUCAGUCUGUUCAGCCCCUGAAAGCAGCAGCCAGGAGGAGAGUCAGGUGCAUUACCUUGCGUAACCUUUCUGUGAACGAUGAAGCCAUUGUUGACUUCUUGGUGGUGUUGGAUGGAGUGCCGCUCACCUCCUUGUUGAUGGACAACGUCACACUGAUAGGCACGGGCAGGUGGGAGAAAGCCAGCAUGACCAAUCAUGACAGCUUCGACGAGUUCCACUUACAAAACAUUGUGGUGCUGAAUGUCUUCAAGUUUGUCUCAUUUCUACAGCUGGGAUUUCUGCUGAAGUAUCCCAGAAAGGUGUCCGUCAUAAAUGGCAAGGUGUUUGUGAUGCCCUGUGACACGUCCAGCCUCCUAAAGAACCUGCAGUACCUGGACCUGUCUGACAACCUGUUGACUGACCUGACUCUGGAGGAGACUCUGUGCCACGGACGCGGGACACUGAAGGACCUCCGAGUUUUAAACGUCAGCGGAAACGCUCUGAAGUCUUUGUCCAUGGUGAGCCGGCUGGUAGUGAAGCUCUCCAAACUGACCCAUCUGGACAUCAGCAGGAACGGCUACAGCUCCAUGCCCCAGGGCUGCUCCUGGCCCUCCACCCUGCGAUUCCUAAAUAUCUCCAGGGCUCAACUUACAACCAUCACCUUCUGUCUACCGGCAACUCUGGAGGUGUUGGAUCUGAGCAACAAUGAUCUCAACCAAUUCAUUCUGCUCCUGCCUGCUCUGAGAGAGCUUCACCUCUCUGGGAACAAGUUUCUGAGGCUGCCCAUUGGAUGGCUUUUCCCAAAUCUGCAAACACUGACCAUACAGUCAAACACCCUGAACAUGUUCGGCCGUUCAGAUCUCCAGUCAUACAAACGACUCCGGAGCCUCCAGGCGGGUCAGAACAAGUUUGUCUGCUCCUGCGACUUUGUCAACUUCUUCCAGUCGGACAUUAAAGGAGGUGGAGUGCAUUUAACAGAUAGAGAGGAGAGCUACAUCUGCGACUCUCCUCUCCACCUGCAGGGGGAAGCAGUGGGUCGAGUCCGCCUCUCCGUUGUGGAGUGCCACCCGGUUUUGUUUGUGUCUGUGAGCUGUGGGGUGGCACUGCUUGUUGCCAUUCUGGUGUGCGUCCUGCUGUGGCGCCUCCAUGCGUUCUGGUACCUCAAGAUGACGUGGGCGUGGCUGAGGGCCAAGCGUAGCUGCCGGCGCCGGCGGCGACACAGAGAUAGAGCCGGUUCAGAAGAACUGCUGUGCUUCGACGCCUUUGUGUCCUACAGUGAGAGAGACGCUAGCUGGGUGGAAAACUUCUUGGUUCCAGAGCUGGAGGAGCCAAGGGACAGUGAUGAAGACUCUGUGAAUCCCAGAAAUCCCCGGCCUCUGACCCUGUGCCUGCACAAGCGGGACUUCCUUCCUGGACACUGGAUUGUGGACAACAUCAUGAGCGCCAUGGAGCGCAGUCGGCGGACAGUCUUUGUCCUCUCCGAGAAUUUUGUCCAGUCCGAUUGGUGCCGCUAUGAGCUGGACUUCUCCCACUUCUGGCUCUUUGAUGGAAACGCUUGUGGAGAUGCAGCCAUCUUGAUCCUGCUAGAACCGCUGUCCAAGGACGAUAUCCCCAAACGCUUCUGCAAACUGCGCAAACUCAUGGGCUCCACCACCUACCUGGAGUGGCCUCAGGAGGAGGAGAGGACUGGGGAGUUUUGGAGGAGUCUCCGCAAUGCUUUGAGGGGAGAGGAAGAGGCUGACUGAGAGGGGAAAGACCAAAUAAAGAGGAGAAAGUCAGCGUACAAAAACAAGAUGUAAGAUGAAUAUUGAACAACAGCAGCAGCAGAAAAGGGUCAGGAAAGAAUAAGAAUUGAAGACGAGGAAAUGGUUUCAGUACGCUCCAGAUGAAGCUUGUUGUAUCAUCAGUGUCUGAAACCUGCCUCCCAACUCCCCCCUGUCUAAUGCUGGAUUCGGGGGAGGGCAAUCACAUCAUGCAGUGUUGCUUUUGAAAUGACCAGUUUGUGUCAGCUUGCAUUUGCUCAUCAUAAAUAAAUGUUGUUUCUUUGUUUUGAAACCGGAAUGAUCUGCAUUAGUCAGUCUAGUUUCUAGAUUCAGGAGAUUGGUCAACUGUGUUUGUUUAAAUGAUAUGUAAAUAAUAAGAAAACAGCGUAGAUUAAAUCACAUAGAUGUCAUCGUCUCUUUUUAAAUUGCCGGUUACUUUCUCAGUUUUUUCAUUGAAUGCAUUCAAUAUUUGUUACCAUAAAAAUUCGACAUGACUGAUGAGAAUGCAGCUCUAACAACAAUUAAUAACAUCCUUUGUAAUAAUCUUAAUCAUGUUUUCUUAUUCUGAUAAUAAGGAAUAUAAAAGCUGUAAUAAAUUUUAAACUUUUAUUACAAGUGAAGAAGAUGUGCUGCACCUUUAAUCAGAUCAUUUGCUGGUAGUGCGGUAAAAUGGCCAUUUGGGGGAGCUGUUGGUUUGUCUCUUCUGUUUGAAGACAUUGUCAGUGUUCAUGAAACUAAUUCUGGCAACAAUAAACAGCUUCAGUACUUGUGUGA